ACCCGCCACAUAUAACAAAGCUCUUUCAACCACGUUUUACAUGGCAACUUUGCAAUGUUGCAACGUCCAGUGGUAGAAGAACUAACCCAGCCUUGCUCUAAACCACAACCUCCACCUGAACCACGUCAAUCUCAAGAAAACAUUGAACCAGAAAUUAGAACAAUUACAAUUCCAUCAACAUCACCAAUUCAGCGUCAGGAAAACCAAUUAAACCAAGAUCAUACAAUUCCAGUUUCUACUGAUAAUGUACAUUGUCAUACUGCACCAGUAUUUAAACCAGCUCAAUUUCCUUUGUUAGGUCGAAUUCGUGAACCUAUCAAUAAUCCAAUCCAAAUUAAUCAAGUGAGCACAAAUAAUGGAACAUCAAAUAUUUCUCCAGGGUUCACAAACUCGUCGAGUUCAUUCUUUGACAUUGAGACUCUGGCUAGUCAAGAAACUCAAAUUCCAUAUUCUGACAUUGAAUUAUCAAUUCUUUCUCCUCAUCAACCACCAUAUGAACCAAUCAAUCACCCACUGGGUUCUUCUGAUCCUGCAAUGAGGGCAAGAUUAGAUAGAUUAGAACAACGCAGGUCAAUGUUCCCUCAUGUGGAUAUGUUUGUUGAGUAUACUGAAGAAAGAUAUCGUCGAUUUCGUCCUAGUGAUUCGCAACAUAAUAAUGAGGCAAUAAUUACAGGAAAUCAUCCUUAUCAACUGGACAAGUAUGAAUCUGGUACUAAACCAGAAUCCCUGUUUUUCUAUCGUUUUACAUCAUGGAGAAAGAAGCCUGAACAGCAGCAGCAUCAAACUCCAGAUCUUGAAAACCAAAUCAGUCCAGUGUUGGAAGGUUCAUCUACACAACCUCAUGUUAAGCAUCUCAAUUUGAAACCUAAUACUUCAAGAUCAAUUAUUAUACCUUCACCUAGCACAAUCACGACCGAACCUGGUUUAACUUCUGCUCCUGUGUACACACCUAAAGCAAUUCCUAUAAACGAAUAUCCAUUGAAUUUUGAAAAGUUACCUGGAGAUGAUGAUCUCAGAAGAACUCAAAUCAUAAACUCAUUAGAUGACGAAGUCAGAGAUUUGAUUGAUGGUGUAGAUAAUUUCAUUGUUGAAUGUUUUGCAGGAAUUUGGUCUGUCAUGACAGCUAUUGGAGAUUUCUUUGUAACUCUUUAUUAGAAAAAAAAAACGUAUAUAAAAUCAACAAAACAGAGACACGUAUAUAAUUGUAUUUAAACACUCUUUAUUCAGAAGCUUCAGCAAAUCUUUCACUGAUUUUGGUCAACAAAUUACCAAAUUCAGCUUCACCUUCUUUAACCCCUCUUGAAGGUUCAAAGAACUUGGCGGAACUGACUGCAUGCUUGACAUCACUGGUGGCUUCAGAUAAUUUCGACCAUUGGGCACCAUUGGCAACUGCCUUUUGGGCUUCAUCAUAAUAACUAAUGAAUGCUCUCAUCAUAUCAAAGGUCUUCCAAAUUGGACAGAAGGCAUCAUAAGAAGAGUAACCGUUUUGUUGCAAGAAAUCUUCCUUGAUUAAGGUGGCAACAUCCAAAGUAAUCUUAUCGGAAUCCGAUAAAGCAGAUUUACCAACCAAUUGAACAACUUGUUCUAAUUCUUCAGCAUUGGACAAAAUUUCUCUGAUUUUAUCACGCAAUUGUGGGAAUUCAGGAUAGUUGGAAUCGUAAUAUUUGUUUAAAACAUUGGUGUAUUUGGAAUAAGAUACACUGGUGUUAAUAGAUGGGAAAUGCUUUCUUUGGGCCAAUUUCUUAUCCAAACCCCAGAAAACUUGGGUAAUACCUAAUGUAGAAGUAGUAACUGGAUCGGAGAAAUCACCACCGGCUGGGGAAACAGCAGCAACAAUAGAAACAGAACCGAUUCUUUCUGGAGAACCCAAGGCAAUAGAUUUACCAGCACGUUCAUAGAAAGAAGCUAAUUUAGCACCCAAAUAAGCUGGGAAACCUUGAUCAGCAGGCAUUUCACCCAAUCUACCAGAAAUUUCUCUCAAGGCUUCGGCCCAACGAGAUGAGGAAUCAGCAAUCAUAGAAACAUUCUUACCUUGAUCUCUGAAAUAUUCAGCCAAGGUAAUACCAGUAUAAAUGGAAGCUUCUCUAGCAGCGACAGGCAUGUUGGAAGUAUUGGCAACCAAAGUAGUACGCUUCAUAAUUGGCUCUUUUCUUCCAGAAACUUCAGUGAAUAAUUCAGGGAAUUCCAUCAAAACUUCUGCCAUUUCAUUACCUCUUUCACCACAACCAACGUAAAUAAUAACAUCCGAAUUGGAGAACUUAGAUAAGGAUUGGGAAAUAACAGUCUUACCACAACCGAAAGCCCCUGGAAUACAGGUAGUACCACCUUGAACACAUGGGAACAAAGAAUCUAAAACUCUUUGACCGGUUAAUAAUGGAUAAUCAGCAGUUAAUUUUUCGGCAACUGGUCUUGGAACUCUGACUGGCCAAGUAUGCAUCAUGGAGUAUUUAUGCUUUACACCAUCGAAUUCUACUUCUAAAACGGUAUCUUCAACAUUGUAAGAGCCUGAUUCAGCAAUAGAAGUGAUAGUACCUCUAGCUCUUGGUGGCAAUAAAAUCUUAUGGUCGUCUAAUAAAGAAUUUUCGUAAAUGGAACCAAAAAUGUCACCACCAGUAAUAUGGUCACCAACUCUUAAUUUACCAGGAGUGAAAUCAUAUUGAACAGUUCUAGAUAAUGCAGGAGCAUCAAUACCUCUUGGGAUAUAAAUAGAUUGAGAUUGUUCCUUAAUGGCCUUUAAAGGUCUUUGAAUACCAUCAUAAAUGGUUUCCAUUAAACCAGGACCCAAUUCAACAGAUAAUGGUUUUCCAGUUCUCAAAACUGGAUCACCAACAGUGACACCGGCAGUUUCUUCAUAAACUUGAAUGGUGGCCUUAUCACCAUUGAUUCUAAUGACUUCCCCGACUAAGUUAUCAUGACCAACUUUAACCAAUUCGUACAUGGCACAUCCAAUCAUGUUUUCAGCAAUCACAACAGGACCGGAAACUGAGUAAAUUUGCCCAUAUUGGGAUUCGUCGGCGUCAAGAGAAAGACGUUUGAUUUCUUUUCUUGCGUUUUCUAAAGCACCAUUGUUUGAUUUAUCUGGUUUGUG